UUGAAAGCACUUCGAGCUUACAUCAGCAAACAUCGUCCUACCAUCGCCGAUUGUGCUGUGCAUGCCCUGGAUGUUUACAAUGACCUGACCUGCACAGAGCGUGAGGUCCUCCUUAUCCUCCUCUACACGUGCCCCAAUGCUAUUUGCACAGAGACAUCCUUCUACGUAGAAGACACGACCACUGCGUCCUUCGAGUUAUUUGGGCCUGAAAAAUCAGAGGAGAUGCAUGGGCAGCUGCGCAUCACCGCUGCAGAUAACCUAAAAAAUGGCAUGGACGGAACCUUGUUCGUCAUGCUAUUCUGCGUCGACAGUGGUGUCUCCAACAUCGCACCUGUGGGCUUCUGCAGAGCAGAUUUCCGGGGUUUGAAGCGUCAUGAUUGGAAGAAUUUUAUGACGAAAUGCAUGAAUGAAGGGAUUGUCCACUGA